AUGCCAUUUUCUUCAAGACCGAGCGAACCUGAAGAUGGCGAAUUACCAGAAGACAACCUACCUAGCAGUUCCACAGCCCCACCUCCCAAAUUGAUACGUCCUGCCAAACCAGCUAAACAAUGGGUUAAUCCAUUAUCCAAACUCAAUGCCGAUUCCUCUUCAUCCUCCAAACUACCUCAUCCUCCUCAGCAAUCCGCUACGACUUCUACGUCUGCUUCUGGAACAUCGUUUAGAUCACGAUCACCUGGUAAAUCUUUCAAUGCUCAUGGUCUACCACCUCGACCUUUGGAAAGAUCACCGAGACACAAAGAAAGUGAUAGAGAGGAAAGGCGGAAGGAAAAAGAUAAAGACAGGGUAUAUGAUGAUUAUGAGGUUCCACCUUCGACUUCUCGAUCAAGAUAUUCACCGUCGCCGCAGCAUCGACGAGAUAGAGAAGAUAGGUAUAGAAUUGAGUAUGAUAGAGAAAGAGAAGAUAGAUAUCGGUCAGAUGAUCGAGAUAGGGAUAGAGAUAGGGAUAGGUACAGGUCGGACGAUAGGUAUAGUAGGGGACAUGGACGACAUGAUUAUCGACAGAGUGAGAGGGAAGAAGCUGGAUAUAGUUCAGCAUGGGGUGACUACAAUAAGCAUAGGGAUACGAUAUUGAAAGAAAGAUCGGUUAGGUCGCAAGAUCAUUAUGAUGGUACGGGUACUAGAUCGCCUGCGAGAAGAAGAGGCGAUUCACCACCGCAACCUCAGCAUAGAAGAUCGGAUAAGGAAGAACAGCAUAAACGAUCACAUGAUAUUACUCUGGUCAACCCAUAUUCGAAAAAGGAUAAAUAUGAGAAUGGUACAUCCAGCAAACUCAGGGAACAGCUCAAUAUUGGAAACGGUACAACACUGCCGGCUGAAGAUAAUCUAGAAAAUAAAGAUCGAUCUGCACCGAUACGUAUACUAAAUCGACCUACUCAUACACAACGUUCGACAAACGAAGAAAGCGUCCCUUCUGUUCCCACCCCUCCCACCCCUCCCACCAAUGACUCUCCGCCACCGCCACCGCCUCCAGCCGAAGAGAACGGAAUCCCUCUACCAGCAGCAUCGCCUCCUCCCCCUCCGCCGGACUCCCCACCACCACCACCCGAGCCACCGACAUCAGACGCACCUCUUCAAGCGGAAACAGCAACUUCACCAUCCAAAUCACAGCCACUAGCGGCUAAAGCAGAACGGACCGCUAACCCAUAUGCACCUAAGCCCAUGCCUCAUGCACCCAAUCGGAAUCUUCUAGACCCACCUACGAGAGCGGCUACUCCUACAGCCAAGAAGGAACUCAACCCGUAUGAUACUCAUGCCAAUAGUCAGCGGUUCAGAAGUCUGACUGCAGAGGAAGAGUUGAAGAAACUUGGCAAGACGUUCGAAGGGACUACGACGCUAGCGGCUUACGACCUAGGAGCGAAAUUGGGUGAAGGUACCUUUGGUGUCGUGACGAAAGGAGUGGAAAUAGCUACGAAAAGGGUGAUAGCGCUGAAGAAGCUCAUCACGCAUAAUCCCAGAGACGGCGUGUCCGUAACGACAGUGCGAGAAAUCAAGAUCCUGAAAAGUCUAAAUCACCCUAGCGUAGUACCUAUCUUGAAUAUGGUUGUGGAACGAAAGAUACCUGGAGAUCGAAGUAAUCGAGGAGAAGUCUUCAUGGUCUUUCCUUACAUGGAUCAUGACUUGUGUGGUCUGCUGGCGAAUCAGGAUUUCAAAAUGACCCAUUCAAUGGCGAAGUUGCUUAUGAGGCAGAUACUGGAGGGCAUGGACUAUAUACAUUCUAACAACUUUAUCCAUCGAGAUAUCAAAACUGCUAAUAUCCUAGUUGACAAACACGGACAAAUCAAAAUUGCCGAUUUCGGUUUAGCACGUACAUGGACUCAUGACGCUUUGAUGCCUCCUCAUCUGGCUAACGAAUACACGAACAUGGUUGUCACACGAUGGUAUCGAGCUCCUGAGUUGUUAUUGGGUGACACUCAUUACGGUCCCGCGGUGGAUAUCUGGUCACUGGGAUGUGUACUGGGAGAGAUGUAUUUCCGACAUCCUAUACUAUCUGGUGAUUCAGAUCGAGAUCAACUAUAUCAGAUAUUUUCAAGAUGUGGUCCACUCAGUCAGGAGUCUUUCCCCGGUUGGGAUAGGUUACCUGGUUUUCCCGAGGCUGUCGGUCAUCCAUGGGAAAGGACGCCGGUAGAUACUACCUUGUUUGAUUCAGCGCCUAAAUGGGGGAUGGAUCAAGGUGGAGCAGACUUGAUGAUGAAGUUGCUCAAGCUUGAUCCCAAACAACGUCUCACAGCCUACGACGCGCUCGAUCACCCGUGGUUCUGGACUGCUCCUUUACCUGCGGAUCCCAACAAGACAACGAUCAACGUAGAGUCAUCACAUGAGAUGACCACUCGUCAGAAACAGGAACCCGUAGCUUCACAGGCGAUAGCGCCUGCCAGACCCCCUCGUCAGCAUCAGCAAAUUCCCUUACAAUCUCGUCCGCCUCCUCCAUACGGUGGUCCACCUCCCGGACCUAGACCUCAGCAAGGGUAUCAGCCUGGUCAACAGGGAUUCAACAAUUUCGGUCCACCAGGUCAGAAUCAGCAAGGAGGAUUUCCACCCCAUGGUCCUCUUCCGAUGGUACAUGGUCAAACUGGAGCCGGCUAUAAACAACAGAAUGGGAAUCCUUAUGGACCUCCUAUGGGAAUGGGCAUGGGCAUGGGUAUGCCUAUGCAACCUCAAAUAGGAUUCAAUGGUCCUCCACCAGGCCAAGCUCAAUUCGGUAGAUCUCAAACCAACGGUCCAUAUGGACAACAGCGCCCACCAUCUCAACAGGGUAUGGGUAUACCUGCAGCACCAUUCAAGCUUAGUGGCUCCGGUGGAGGAGGUGGGGGUGGAGCACCAGCUGCACCAUUCAAAUUGACUGGAAAUAACUUAAGACCCCCUGGAAGAUCGAUGACUCAAGGUAACUUUCCCACUAACGGGAAUGGGGCAGGAAAUGGUAUGAAGAGAGCUCCUCCAUCUGGUGGGGCGGAAGGGUGGAGGGAUGAGAAGAGGAGGAAACAUGAGGGAGGAUUGCCAUACUAG